AUGACGGAGCCUACUCUACAGGAAAAACUCGAGGAGAUGAUGAAGAUCUUGAAAAGAGCCGAGGAGAGGGUAGAAAGGAUUCAGACGAGGAAUCGAGAACACCUCAAAUACCACCGCAUAAGACUGGAAAGCUUGGAGGCCCAAUACCAGAAUCAAGUUGAAGAAUCAAUGAUUGAGGAACCCAGCACCCCAACCCCAGCUCCAAGACCACAAAGGUCCAUGUCGUUCAUGGACCAGAGCGGACAACUCUACUCCAACUACGAAAAGUAUGCAAUCCCUACCAGGCCUAGGUACAACCAAACCUCUAUGGGGACACCCAAGGAUGUGGAAGGGGAUGAUACAAUGGCUACAAGGGAAACUUCCCUUACUCCACCUAAAUCACUUGCUACUCCUUUCCCAAAGUUCAAUCUGAGGGAUGUGGAGAUCUUUCUGAUUGAAGCCAAAGCCUGGUUCAUGUUUAACUGA